CCAAGCUUGAGGCGAGCGUGGGCUCUGGUAUACUGAAAUCGCCUGCAGACUGCGGUCCUGCGCUAGUGUGGCAGAGCCGAGGAGCGCGCACUGGAGCACAGGCAGGUCGAAACGAGGCAGGGGGUUGUUUGCUGCCACGGACAGUGUGGGAAGAGCCAGGAGGAAAAAAGUUUAUUGGAGCAAAGAUCCGGUUUAUUAACUACAAAGGAAGAGUCAAGUGAAAACAUAAGGUGUGAGCAGCCCUAGGACUCAUGCGGAUGCCCCCCCCCCUCGCUCUGUGACCCCCCCGCGCAGGGACAGGAUGGCAGACGUUGACGGGCGCUGUGACCUGGAUCUGGCCCCGGGGCAGGUGUACGUCGAGGUGGAGUACGACUACGACUACGAGGCCCGGCGUGGGCCCGUCUCCAUCCGCGAGGGCGAAUGCUUCCUGCUGGUGACCAAGACCAACGAUGACUGGUGGCAGGUGCGCAGGGAGGAGGGCGGGAAGCCGUUCUUCGUGCCGGCCCAGUAUGUCCGCGAGGCCCGCAAGGCCCUGAUGCCCCCGCCCAAGGCCCUGAUGCCCCCGUCCCGGGCCCUGAUGCCGCCGCCCAGACCCCAGCUCCUGGACCGCCACCCAGAGAUGUGUGAGCCUCCGGAGCCAGGCCUGACCCCGGAGAGCCCCCGGCGGGGGGACCCCAGCCCCUGGCCCGACUCCGGAGGGAGCUCCGAAAAGCUCCGGAACGACUCGGAGUCAGGCGAUGAGCUGAGCAGCAGCUCCACAGAACUCCUGCAGAGUGCUCCCCAGGUUAGAGCAGAGUCUCCGGUGAACACUAACCUGCAGGAGCUGAAUGUGUCUCAGCCCAGCCUGCCCCCCGAGCCUGCCGGCCCGCCCCUGAGCAUGCUGGGAGAUUGGGAGAUGCACAGUGACUCCAGCGGCCGCCAUUACUACUACAACCGCCUGACGCAGGAGUGCACCUGGAAACCACCUCGAGCCAGCCUCAGCAGAGACACACACACCCCGGAUUCAGAGCCUCUGUCGUCGGACGAGACGUGUCUCAGUGCAUACUCCAGCCAAUCAGACAGCCAGUACGGCUCCCCGCCCAAUGGCUGGUCCGAGGAGCUGGACCAGUACGGACACACCCUGUAUGUCUGUGAGCGCACUCAGGAGAAGUGGUUGAAGCACAUGGACGCGCAGGGCCGUCAGUACUAUUACAGCGCGGACGGCUCGCGCUCAGAAUGGGAGCUGCCCAAACCCGCCGCUCGCUCCCCGAAGACGCGGAGCUUGGACAGGAAUGAGCCCAUCGUACUCAACAAGUGGCGCAACAACACCUGCAUCCUGGAGACCAAUGAGAAGCCUGUGAAGCACAGGCGGUACCGCUCUGAACGCCUCUCCGGCUCUUCAGCCUCUCGGGAACAAGACUCCCCAAAGCCCAGCUCCCCUGACACCGACUCCUGCCCCUCAUCUCCCAAGUCCUUGUCAUCCCAGGAGAAGUGUGGGCCCCUGAACGUGACCAAGAUCACGGAGCACGGGCGCAGAGUGCGGAAGAACUGGACCUCGUCUUGGGCGGUGCUGGACGGCUCCUCCCUGCAGUUCAGCAAGAGCCAGGGGGGGGGGGGCAGCUGGUCAUACUACCGCAGAGGUUCCUUCCCUGAGCUCCUCCUCUCGCUGCUAAGCAACUGGAGGCCGUCUGUCAAGCCCCGCCCAGCCCUCUCCUAUGUGUUCUCUAGGCCUGGACCUGCUGACACUUUUGGGGGGGGUCACUCCAUGCUGGAUUUUGCGGUGGAUCUCAGGGGGGGCUCGGUGGAGUGGGCCUCCAAGGACAAGUCCAGCAAGAAGCACGUGAUCGAGCUGAAGAUCAGGCAGGGCACGGAGCUUCUGAUCCACUCCGAGAGCGACACUAUAGCCAACAACUGGUACAAAGCCCUGACCGAGACCAUCAGCGCUCACGCCUGUGAGUCAGACGAGGCCAUUGAGGAGGACCUGCCUGCGUCUCCUGGAGCAGAGAACCAGGAGGAGGAGCAUCGCGACAAGAGAGGGACGAUGAAGAACUCGGGCAGUGUGGACUCUUCAGACCAGAAAAGGACUCGAGGCAAACUGAAGAAGUUCCUCACCCGGCGCCCAACCCUGCAGUCUGUCAAAGACAGGGGCUACAUCAAAGAUCAGGUGUUCGGGAGCAGUCUGGCCAGUCUGUGCCAGAGGGAAAGCGUCACAGUGCCUGAUUUCGUGAGAAUGUGCAUCGACCACGUGGAGAACGGUCUCGGUCUCGACGGGCUGUACAGGGUGAGUGGAAACCUGUCCGUCAUCCAGAAACUGCGCUAUGCUGUCAAUCACGAUGAGAAGGUGAAUUUAGACGACAGUAAAUGGAGGGACAUCCACGUGACCACCGGAGCUCUGAAGAUGUUCUUCCGGGAGCUUCCGGAGCCACUCUUCACCUUCCGACACUUUGAUGACUUCAUCAGCGCCGUCAAAUGUUUUGACAAAAAGCAGCGUCUGCAUUCAGUGAAAGACCUGGUGAAGAGGCUGCCCAAACCGAACCACGACACCAUGCAAGCACUCUUCAAACACCUGAGGAACGUGAUGGACCGCGGGGAUGAGAAUCGCAUGACCGCCCAGAGCCUGGCCAUUGUCUUCGGGCCCACACUGCUGAGGCCCGAGGUGGAGUCCCUCAGCAUGGCGGUCCACAUGGUGUACCAGAACCACCUGGUGGAGCUGAUUCUGCUGGAAUAUGAGUACAUCUUUGGCAGGUAGAGCUGAGCGUGCCACUGAGCUCAGCUGAGGGAGCAAAGGGUGAAAUUAACAGAAGAACAUGCUAAUGAAACGCAUUUACUUUGCACUUACUGCUUUUUUUGUUUUGGAGCUCCAUAGCUGCAUGUUCCGGUUGUCAUGGAGACUGCUCCCUGGGGCCGGUGGAGUGUGUGAGAGCUGCCUGGGGGAGACGUGUGUGCGUGUGCGUGUGCGUGUGCGUGUGCGUGUGCGUGUGAGUGUGAGUGUGAGUGUGAGUGUGUGUGUGUGUGUGUGUGUGUGUGUGUGUGCGUGUGCGCGUGUGCGUGCGUGCGCGCGUGUGAGUGUGAGUGUGUGUGUGUGUGUGUGUGUGUGUGUGUGUGCGUGUGCGUGUGCGCGUGCGCGUGCGCGCGCGCGAGUGCGAGUGCGAGUGCGAGUGCGAGUGUGUGAGUGUGAGUGUGAGUGUGAGUGUGAGUGUGAGUGUGAGUGCGUGUGCGUGUGCGUGUGCGUGUGCGUGUGCGUGUGCGCGUGCGCGUGCGCGUGCGCGUGCGCGUGCGCGUGUGCGCGUGUGAGUGAGAGAGGUGGGUACUCCACAGCCCUGAUGGUUGGGGGUCAGCUACAAAUUUACCACAACCAGAGUGUCUGCAGGUUUAACUCCAGUCCUGGAGGGCCGCAGUGUCUGCAGGUUUAACUCCAGUCCUGGAGGGCUGCAGUGCCUGCAGGUUUAACUCCAGUCCUGGAGGGCCGCAGUGUCUGCAGGUUUAACUCCAGUCCUGGAGGGCCGCAGUGUCUGCAGGUUUACCUCCAGUCCUGGAGGGCCACAGUGUCUGCAGGUUUAACUCCAGUCCUAGAAUCAUUCCAGUCAAACCUGUGCUUGCAUCUCAGGCUCACGGAACUAAUCCCGUUUUCCCAUUUUGGGAUCUUUUAUGGGAAGGGAAAAACACUUUUGUAGUAAUUACAAAAGUGUUUUAUGAAUAUUUGGUACACAUGCAGAAAACUUUUGAAAUAACUUAUUGAUCUCCAGAAUAGAGUAAACACACUGGAAGAAUACACUACAUGAAAUGCUGAUCUACAGAAUAGACUGUGUCAAGCUUCUUCUCAUUUAUUAUUAUUAUUAUUUUUUUUAACUUGUCUGGAAAUUUACUGGAAAUUGUUUCAUCAUCAUUUAAAGUUUUAUCAGCAGGGGGUUAAAUCACUGAGGUUAUGUAAAUAUUCUAUAUUAUAGACUGAUUGUAAAAAAACAAAAACAAAAAAGAAUGUGGGGGAAAAAAAGAAAGGUUUUGAAUUGUAUCCGUUUGUGUCAACAGCACAAUUUGAAUGUAAUUUUACUGCUGUUCAUGACACUGUGAAUAAAGGACACGGAUGAUUUA